AAACAACACAAAUAGAACGGUUAUAUUCUUCGCGUUGUCGUKCUUUCCAGUCGGCGUGAACUAAGGCAAAGAACAUGUUUUCUUCCAAAUUUCUAUUGUUAUUUGUUUUUCUUGRCGUUGUUUGUUUGGGAAUGCUUAAUGAUCGUAUUCCAGCAUCGAUGUGUGACAAGCCUCAGGCUCCCAUCAAUGGUUAYGUCAUAGAGACUAAUAGAACCGUCGGAUCGACUGUCAGGGUGGGGUGUAAACCAGGGUAUUUCAGAACAGGAACCCCACCAUUUGAUAUGAUAUGCAAAGAGRAUGGCCAGUGGUCCGAAGUGAAGAUCCAGUGUAGAGCUCAAASUUGUGGUGAUCCCGGGACUCCUCGAAAUGGUCGAAGGCUCGGUCUCCAGUUCAAUUACCUCGACACGGUGCACUUCACGUGUAACCAAGGUUACAUGUUGCUAGGGCCWUCCUCUCGACGUUGCCUUGACAACCAGACAUGGAGUGAUACACAACCAGUUUGCCAACCUGUUUCAUGUGGAGAGCCUCCUGAAGUACAGAAUAGCAGURUGCUUGUCUAUGGACAUAGCAGUGAGUUCGUAUAUGGCAACAAAGUCUUAUACUCCUGUCUUCCUGGUUAUAAACGACUUGGAGGAGAUUUCCUGGUUUGUGGUAAAGAUGCCCAAUGGCGUGGAAAAGUCCCUUAUUGUACAGAAAUCCUUUGCCCUAAGCUCGAGAUGCCUGAAAAUGGAAAGAUGAUUGCUGGUGAUAAUUACAUAAAGGAAGGUGGUAUAGUGCGUUACAAGUGUCACGCAGGUUUUAUAAUGUUUGGCCCAAGAAUGAGAAAAUGUUUGCGCAAUGGAAGGUGGACUGGACCCGACCCUAUUUGCUUCAAGUGUUCAGAGGUUGGUACCCCAGUUUUUGUACGAGGCGAAUUCUACUUCAAACAUGGAAUGGUACAAUCGAAAUCUGGACAUGUUGUCAAAGUACAGUACGACGAUGGCAUGGUGGACGAUAUUAUCCUAUUAGGACCAGGAACACAACAUUACAUCAUUGUACAAGAUCGAAUCCCAUUAAGGGAAGAAAUCUUUAUUGGCUCGAGCGUGCUCGCCUUUAACUCUCGCGUUGGAAAGUACAUGUUCGCAACCGUUAUUUCAAUGAAAGGUGAACGUUUCGUUGUUCGAUAUGGUAGUACUUGGAUGGAGAAAGGUGUGGUAGGACUAAUGGAAAUACGGACACGAGAACCGCCACGAUUUUGUGCAAUCUGCCAAGACCCCGGUCGUCCAUCGAACAGUUUAAGAAAAGACCGCUUGACUGARUUUAUUCCUGGUAUGAAUGUCACGUAUACCUGUCAAGACACAUUCAAAAUGAUUGGCUCUCAGAAUAGGACGUGCCUGAGCAAUGAGACCUGGACGGGAAAGGAUGUUUCGUGUACUCGUCCACGAUGUCAUCAUUGCCCGAUUGUCGAGGUGCCAAAGAUUUGCAAGAAAAGUACUAUGGCUGUAAUCGCUAAAGUGUUAUCAAGACUGCCAAAUGACGACAAAAAGAAUCUGCAGCGAUACGUUAUCGAUGUUCAGCAUGUCCUGAAAAACACAACCCAUAAAAUCAKAGAGGGUCGUAUGGUAAUCAGCGUACCCUAUGACCCCUCGUCAAUUCACGCUCCAAGGAAAGACUGCGCAUGCCCAAGAAUUCCCCGCAAAAAGAAGUUCAUUUUGAUUGGUCAGGCUACCAACUUCAAUGACCAAUCAAAAACAGGCUUAGUUUUGGAUAAGACAACCUAUGUCGCUGGCUGGAGCCAGGGRGUGAGGAGAGAAAUCAAACUGAAGUGCACAGGUCAUGUGACUAUUACAAGGAAYAUCCACUGACCACUAUGUUUGAUGUCAUCAAGGGCUCAUAGAUCAAUGUAUAGAGCGUUUUAACAUUUAGAAUUGAUUGCUACGUAUGUAAUAACUUAAGGGUUAUAUUAUAGAUUUAUAGACUUUCGAGGAUCCAGCUAUUGGAAGCCAUUUUCGUGGGUUCGUCGCCUCCUCGGGACCCUACACCACUCCUGAUGAAAAUCCAUUAUUCUACCAUGCUACGAAAUAAUAAAAAGUUGUAUAGAACUAGACUGCUGAAUUAAGGCGCAUUAAAUAAUCAUCAAACUA